GAACAAUGUAACCUUUAAUAUCAAGUGCCGUGUUUUUUUAUGUGUUACAUGUGAUUUUUUAUUAAAUACAACAUACAUUAAAUAAAUUAGAAAUGGAAAUUAGGGAAAACACCGACGAUAAUCUAGAAAACAUGGAUGUGGAUUUAGAAGACAAUCCGCUUUUCCCUAAAUGCGAUUACCUUAUUGAAGAACAAGUUGUUAAGAGUUUUAUAUUGCACUUGGACGUUACAAAAGAGACAUGUCCAAAUGUAUUAGUAAACACUGCAAAGAAAAGAUCGGUGCUAUACAACAUGCAAAAUAAUGGAGUUAACAAAUUGCAUAGCAUCGAUUGCGAAUCUGUAUUAAUUGGUUGUAAAUUUAGUGUAAGCAGUAGGGAUCUGUUUUAUAUCGGAUCCGAAGACGGAUGUAUUAAUGUGAUGGAUUUAAGAACACCUGGGCGCCCUUCGUUACAAUUUAAAGAUACUACAGUUGAAGAUGGAAAGUCUAAAACGUUCAAUUGCUUCGAUGUGUCUCCAAACGAUAGACUCCUAACAGCCGGUACAGAUUUAAUUGGAGGAGAUGCUUUUAUAUUAUUUUGGGAUAUUAGAAAACAAAAUGUACUAGGUGGUUAUUGGGAAAGCCAUACUGACGAUAUUACUCAGGUUAAAUUUCAUCCGGAAGACAUGAAUUCGUUAAUAUCUGGAAGCAUCGAUGGUUUGAUUAAUAUUUACGAUUUAUCUCAACGAUGUGAAGAUGAUGCGUUAACAGAUACAUUUAACACGGAAGAGUCUGUAGAUCAAUUAUCUUGGAUUCGUAAUAACAACAAAUACAAUAUUAGUUGCAUUACACAUACAUCUGAUGUACAGUUAUGGGACAGAGAUCAAGGGGAAGUGUGUAAUGCAUUGACAAAAUUGGAUGUUGCCAACAACAUAUCGAAAUACGUAGAUAAUGUUUACGUAGCUAAUUGUCAUGAAACGGAAAGUGGAGUGCUAUUAUUAGCAGGGUCAGAAAAUCCACACUGUUUGAGGAGUUUGAAAUUGGGCAAGAAAAAUGUUAAUCCUGGCCUUGAAUUUUCGUCUAAUAAACAAAGAGUUAGAGAUAGCUCUUUUAUUGAAACCAACAAUCUUCUGGUAACUGGUGGAGAAGACGGAAUUUUAAAUGUAUGGAAAGUGCCUGUAGUUAAUUAAAUAAAAC